AAAACGUUUUAGAAGGGGGUGACUUCAUUUUGAUUUUUCUUCUUCACUCUCAUUUUUUUGUCAUCAAAGUCCUACAUCAAUAUUCAUGUGAUACUAACAGUUUCACAUUUCAAGCUUCCACCUUUUUCCAGCUUUUGCAAAUUUCUUCUGCAAAUUCUCCAUCUUCAAUUUCUUCAUCUAUCAAAAUUCCCAGAAAUCAUUGAAAAUUUGAGGGAAUCACAGAAAUGAAAAAUAAGAAAAGCAUAAACAGUGGAGCUCUGUCUUUAUUGGUGGCACUAGCGAUUGUGUUUUGUUUUGCCACUUAUAAUAUUUCUAAAUUUUGGUUGAUAAAAGACCAACCCAAAAGAUUGGGUGAUCAUGAAACGGGUCGGGUUGACCCGGUUAUGGAGAUGCCCGAGUAUCGGAAACGGGCUGGAGACCCGAACCCGAAGUUUCAUGUUGUAGUAACGGCUACUAGUGAACCUUAUAGCAAAUGGCAAUGCAGGAUAAUGUAUUAUUGGUAUAAGAGGGUUAAGAAUUUACCCGGGUCGGAUAUGGGCGGGUUUACCCGGGUUUUGCAUUCGGGUAAACCCGAUAAUUUGAUGGAGGAGAUACCUUCUUUUGUUGUGGAUCCUCUCCCUCAUGGCCUUGACCAGGGAUAUGUUGUGCUAAACAGACCUUGGGCAUUUGUGCAAUGGUUGGAAAAGGCAGCAAUUGAAGAAGAAUAUGUCUUGAUGGCUGAACCAGAUCAUAUAUUUGUAAAGCCCUUGCCUAACUUAGCACAUGAGAAAAACCCGGCAGCAUACCCGUUUUUCUACAUCAAACCCGCUGAAAACGAGAAGAUCAUAAGGAAGUUUUAUCCGAAAGGCUCCAUUUCGAAUGUGGAUCCAAUUGGAAACUCCCCAUCCAUAAUAACAAAGUCUCUUUUGAAAGAAAUUGCGCCUACAUGGUUGAACGUUUCAUUACGAAUAAAGAGUGAUCAUGAGGCAGAUCAUACCUUCGGUUGGGUUCAAGAAAUGUACGGGUAUGCCAUAGCUUCAGCAUUGCAUGGGGUGAAGCAUAAUCUUUACAAAAAUUUCAUGGUCCAACCUCCAUGGGACUUGGAAGUUGGCAAAAGUUACAUCAUCCAUUAUACUUAUGGUUGUGAUUAUACUAUGAAGGGAGAGCUAACUUAUGGAAAGAUUGGUGAAUGGCGCUUUGACAAGAGAUUGUAUCUGAAUAGUCCUCCGCCGAAGAAUCUUACAAUGCCUCCCCCUGGAGUUCCUGAGUCAGUGGUAAGAUUAGUAAAGAUGGUGAAUGAAGCUAUGGCCAAUAUACCUGGUUGGGAAAAUCAUUGAUUCAACAUUUGUUUCACGAAACAUAUAAUGAGUAAUAUUUUUAUGUAAAGCAUAGAACUGUAGAAGGUAUUUAAGGUCUUUUUUUUUUUUUUUGGGUUUUGUUGGGAUGAGAAAAUUUCACUUCAAAGAGCAACUAUAGUCUAUAGAAAUGUUAUAUUUGUAUCAACAGAGAAAAAGAAAAUGCAAUACAGCUCUAAAGGUACUAACACAAGUUCCGACACGCUUGUUAACAUAUAACUUUUGUCGACUAAUAUUUCUUAUUCACUAUAAUAAAAAAUUUUAAAAAGUUGAUAUUUUAAAGUACAUAUCAUAACGAAAUGAGCAAGAUCUCGCAUAACUAUAUUUUUUCAUACAUAAAAAU